AUGUUCCAUACAUUCGAAACAGCCCAAUACCACAGUCCAGAACAGGCCGAGCAGAAUGCAAAUUCGGCCGCGAAACGAAGGACCUCCACGGUGAGGGCUUGCGAGCCUUGCCGCCGGAGAAAGAUUAGGUGCAGCGGCGAGCACCCCUGCGAAACCUGUCAGUGGUACCGGAAGGCUGCCUCUUGUCAUUAUACCGAACCAAGACAACGACAGAUGCCAUCCAGAAGGUCUGUCGAGAAGAUCUCUCAGACGCUUCAGGAGUAUCGGACUAUCCUGCAGAAGCUCUUUCCAAACGUGCAUCCUGACCAACUGAAAGACCUUCCUCGUGAAAGGCUGGUCGAGCUCAUUCAGAAGAGCAGUCCAUUUCAUCCUCCCUCGCCUCGAACACCCAGCGUGGAGGAGAAACCGCCUCCGCUGAAUCCUGAUGCUGCCAACCUUGAGCAGCUGCAACCCACCCCUGAAGAUAGCAAUGAUGGCUUUUCUGACCGCAAGACCCAUGCCUUGAAGGGCAUCACAGACGACGUCAACAUGCUGUCCUUGUCGGUCAAGCAGAAUCCAUCCUAUCUUGGGAUAUCGUCUGUCAUGGCAGUUCUCAGAGUCAUCACCUGGCUCGACCCAGACUGCCUGACCAAAUCUCCCGACAGGAGCGUUAUUCCAACUCGUGAACCAUCCCCGGCUCCGGAGAACUACAAGGCGGAGCUUGAUCAGACGAGAGUCGACACCUCUUCGGCCUCUGCUUGGGACGAGAUUCCCUUGAUCAACGCAUACUUCACCUAUGUGCAUCCAUUCAUACCCUUGAUCGAGGAGCAGGUCUUCAGGGAUACAUAUAUUGCGGCACAAAGAACCGACUCUAGGUGGCUCCUGCUUCUCAAUAGUGUCCUAGCCAUGGGUAGCGUGGCAGCAGGGACAUCAGAGGACACGGGUCAUCAUGUUUACUUCAACCGCGCGAAGCAGCAUCUCACCAUGGACACCUUGGAUUCUGCCCACCUCGAGACUGUCCAAGCCCUGGCCAUCUUAAGCGGCUUCUACCUUCACUACGUCCAGAUCCCCAACCAGGCAAAUGCCUUGAUGGGCGCCACCUUGAGAGUUGCCACCAUGUUGGGACUGCAUCGGGACUACACCGAAGGCGUUGGUCCUGCAAAGGUCCAAAAGGCGUCAUUCUCCAUCGAGAUGCGACGUAGAAUAUGGUGGUGUACGUUCAUGCUGGAUUCUUGGGCCGGCAACACCCUGGGAAGGCCAAGUAUGGGCCGAAUGAGCCACGCCAUCACGGCGAAGCCGCCGCAAGAGGCCAUCGGCCAGUCGACGGCCAUGCUAGCAUUGGUGCAGGAGAACGUCCGCUUCUGCAUCAUCAGUACAAGGAUGGAAGAUGCCCUUGCCGUCUCCCCUCUCCUAGAAGAGUAUGAACGCCAUACCUUGGAUGCCCUCUAUCUAGAAUGGUACAAGCACUCGUCUGUCCAGGCCGAAUCUCCACGACCGAAUCUCAAUGAGUCGCCCGGCGUCACUGUUCUCAAAAAUGUGAUGAGAUGGCGCUACUUGUCGAAUCGAAUCAUUCUCCAUCGCCCUGUUCUGCUGUGGUAUGCCAUGCGCAAGAUCACAUGGGAGAACCUCUCGCCGGAGAGACAAGCAGCAAUUGAGCUCUGCCGCGGCGUGUGUGCGGAUUUGAUCAGUGACAUUGCCUCCACCUGGCGAGGUCAAAAAGCGUGUCAAAUAUCCGGUUGGAAUGCCACUUGGCUCCUCUAUCAAGCCGUGAUGGUUCCGCUUCUCUCGCUCUACUCAGAUCCUCACGACGUCGACGUGAUGGAGCACAGUCGCCAUCAAGUGGAAGUUGCCAUGCGGGUGCUGAAGGAGCUUCAAGGCUGGUCCACCACCGCUCGCCGAUCUUUGGAAGUCAUCAUCCGGCUGUACGAAGCCAGUAAACGGCAUUCUGCCGCCCUACCAGAAUUCCAAGAGACAUACCUGCCGAACGCCGUGGACACGCCUGCGUCGUCAACAACACCCGCGCCGCAACUACCACAAUCAACGACGAUGAUGUCGACAUCCGCAGCGUCGUCUUUCCGGCCCACUUACAUCGACGUGUCAUUUGCAAACACAUACGGCAACCUGGAUGACCUGAACACGGCCACUCAGGAGCUGUUCAUGGACAACAUGUUCGACACGCUGAACUGGAGCACGAGCUGGGACAGUCCCAUUGGCGGACCCCAGAUGAUGAACGGCUGGGACUACAGCACCAUGCACCACUGGGCGGGGAUCCCCCAGGCGGAUGAAUAUUUUGGCGGGUUCAGCCUGCCUGACGACCCGAGCAGCAGCAGCCAGAUGGGAAUGGGAGCAGGAAUAGGAGGAUCAGGGACCGGGACUGGGCCUGGGUCAACAGCACCAGGAGCAGGCCCGUUCGACGUGGACAUGGACAUGCACCACGCCACCGCCGCCGCUAAUCCGGCCGACAUCAUGAACAGACACUAUGCACAUACGAGUAUAGAUCGUCAACACUCGUUAUGA